CAAGUAGGUUAGCCUUCUCAGCAACUAUAAGGGGUGUAUCGCAGGUUCCAAAGCCAUGCCUCCAGAAGGGAAGUCGGAUAUGGAGCGAGUUGGGCUCUUCAAAGAGAUGGGCUACAUCACCAUCGGGGAUAAGUACACCCCCAACGUUUACAGACCUUUCAAUGAAUCAGCCCAAAAAAAUAAGCAGAUGCUGUGUGGGGGUCCAAAGGAGAAGUCGGGGCUGCAGGCGGGCUACUUCGACAACCAGUUCAAAAGAAUCUUCGAGAGGGAAGCCUUCACAGACCCUCUCAAACUGCGCAGGCAGUACAGGAUGCAACAGGCAAAAAAGAAUUUAGGGAAGGCCUUUCUGCCCAGCAAUGGAGAGAAAAAAAUGUCUGGAACUGGCAGCUACUAUGGAACACUGAGUGGACCCAUUCAAGCCAUGAGCACACUGCAAGUCCCCAGGAAACCUUUCAAAUCACCAGGGAAGAAUAUAUUAACAAGCCCCCCCAAAAAAGGAAGUGGAUAUGGAUAUCCAAAUGUCACCCUCUCUAAAAUGCACACCUACUCCACAGACCCCUUUGACAGAGCAAAAGAGAUGGUAAAGAGGGAGAUGAUAGCACACAGAACCAAGAUGAAAGGGGGUCCCUUCCGUUUGAAUCUGCAUCCGAAGGAGUGUUUUGACAGCAAUCCUUACAAGCUUGACAAGCCCUUACCACCUGUAAAGAAAACUGAGGUCAAAAAAGACUUUGUGAUCCCCUUCAAACCAAGCUCACCAAGCAAAAAGACUGGGGGCAUGAAAGCAGGAACAUUUGAUACAUAUCCUUCCCAUUCUGCGGACCCCUAUGUCUCCAGAAAGACCAAGUCUGUGACAGCCAAUAAGGAUGGAAAGAUAUUCCACCCAUCAGCUGGGCCAAAGAGUAUGCCAGUGCAGAGCAUCCUUAACAUGAAUGUCAAAAAGGUGCUGAACUCCACAAACUAUGCAACAAUACCAGCAGUAAUGGCAUAUUAACAACUGAACAUGCCUGGGGAAUACACAC